AUGGUGGGCGCCUCAUUAGCGAGGAUCCCCUUUUCAUUGCCCGCCGUUGUGACACUAGGCCUUUUCACGCAAGAAUCCUUCCAUUAUUCCCACGCCGAGGGUCGGGCAGUAUCCCCCUGCGCUACCCGCACCAUCUCCGUCGACCGAUUCAGAUUCCUUGAGGAUGUCCACUCGACGCACUGGCUCUAUCCUGUGGAGACACUGCUACGGCGAAUAGGAGACACUUAUCUUGAACCGCCACCUUCCCUUUCGAGCUCAUGGAUGUGCUCUUUAUACUGCAUCUUCGCCAUUGGCGCCGCAAACUAUACAGGCUCGAAUGGCAACCCACCUCCACUCGAUUGGCCAGCUGCAUCUGACCAAAAGACUUCUGAAGAUUAUAUGGCUCUCGCGAAGCAGUUGAUUCCCGCAGUAUACGAUGAAGCGGAUGUGGACAGCAUCCGCGCAAUGACUAUCAUGAGCAUUGCCUUGGAGAAUCUUUGUUCUAGAAUAGCCUUUUCCCUCGGUCUACAUCGCGACCAAAUACCAGAAACGGGGACUGCUAUUGAUCGCGAGCAAAAUCGACGUAUCUGGUGGACUCUCUUCAUGCUAGACCAAGAACUGGCAUCUAGAAGUGGUACCCCUCACCUUAUCGAUGAGCGCUUCACAAAGGUCACAGCACCAGCGUCUUCAGAACAGAUGCUGUACCCAGGCCUGCACACUCCACUAGGAUGGCAGGAUACCUCGGUUUCGCUGUGCCGCCUGAAACGUGAGAUUACCCAGGCAGUUUACACCGAGCGCCUCGCCAACUCAAUCUCAUUCUCCACUGUUUCGAAUUCAUUACUGCUAUUACAAAAGUGGUAUCGCCAAAUGCCAGCCCAUCUUAAAUACGACGUACCUGCACCGCCAACGCACAAGCGGGCGGUCGCUUGCCUGCAUCUACAAUACUGGAGCGCAAUGAUUCUGCUCACUCGACCUUUCAUCCUCUACCUUGUGAUCAAAAGCAAGGCUCUACCUCCGAGCAAAAAGAUAUGGUUCGAGCGCAUGGGCAAAAUUUGCAUCGAUGCUGCGCAAAAGAGCAUCGCAAUACUGCAGCAUAUGUCAGAUGACGCCACACUUUCAAGUCUGACAGCCUUCGAUAGCACCUGCAUACUACGGUUGAUAGUGAUCUUCUUACUGUCGUAUGCGCACACCAGAACACCACAGUAUAGCAAUCACAUCGUCACCUGCAUGCGACUCAUCCGAGGCAUGGAGCAGAUUGGUUUUACCAAGAUGGUAACUGAAGAAACACCAGGACGACUCGUAGAUUGUGGCGUCCCGGAAACUGUUCAAGUUGCUGUUGGGAUUCCCGCUGGGAUGCCGGCUGGGAUGCAUGCCCCGAAUGAGAUUCCGCAACCGCAGGGAGAUGUUCAUCUCGAUGACCAAAUGAUUGCUCAAUUAUGGGGCAACUAUGACUCAAACUUUAUGACGCCACUACAGUCGCAGCAGAGUCUGGAUAUCACUUUUGAUGACGCAGGAGCUUUCGACGCCAACUCGGAGAUUUUGGCAUUUACCAAUCUGGACGACUCGAUUAUCAUCGACCCUAUGCAGUAUUGGGCACAGUUUCAAAUGCAGCAAUGAGUAGAAUUUUACCUUUGGACCUUGACUAUGAGACACGCAAGACACGCGGGUCAUUAGAGGGCUGGAGGCACGCCGAUGACUUAUCAGAUGGACCAUGCUGAUAUGGCGUACCUAAUCGCACAUGGUAUGCUCGCCGAUGCUGCAAACCAUAAGAGAGAAUCUCUCAAUGGCCUCUCAAAGCGAUAGUAUCUCCGCAGCUAGAAUGCACGCACUUUCGCAUCGCCCAGCCCUCAUGACCACAGCACAAGAGUAAUCUUCUCGUAGAACAAUCAAACAGGCCAGGGAAAGGUGAACAUUAGACGAGCAGCUCCGUGCUGUUGGGGUGCGAAAGGAAACGUACCAAGAAGCUUGACCGCACGCACUCAAAGCCUAGAUGCAGAAUGGGAGCGGAAGAAAGCUUGUCCUUGUUGCGGACGAGGAAUACACGGCAGGCAAGAAUGCGAUGCAGCAGCAGCGGCCAACGUACAUUCACACCACGUAAUCUAGUAAUAAUCUUAAUGGUGUCUACCAACU